CAUCCACCAUUCAUUUUUUACUAUUAUACUUUCAUUAUUUUCCAGCCACGCUUCGAGCUCCGGAUCAUCGAUUUUGAGAGAGAGGAAAUUUUUUUCUAUGGGACGAGAUUUGAGGGUGGCUUUCUCCCCUCAAGAGUGAAUCACGCCGAUUGUGAUUGGGAGUUGGUUCUCGAAAGCUGCUCGGGACGCAUAUUCUGCGCAGCUGUAUUUAUUCCGGGCUCGCUUGCUCUUUUGCGCAUUCGGUGAUGACUCGGCUGACGGAUUCCUCUUGUUGGCUUCUGGUCAAUAGUUCGAUACCAGCCACCAAAAGAGCAAGCCCUGUCUUCUCAGUCCGGCUCUCCGCAGCUCAGCAUAAGGAAAACCCAAAUUACCUGUGCAUUUCCGCAACCGGCCUCCGAAACUAGUCCGAGAGGAUUUCUAUUGUUCUGUCAAUCAUAUUUCUAUGAUGAGGGGAGUUGAGGCAGUGCAGCAGGUACAGGAAUGCACGACGCUUGGGUUUUGGCUGUGCCAACUCUGAGCUCUGACCCUGUCCAAAUCACCGAGGGUCAACAUGAGUCAUCAUGCACCGCCGGCCACCACUGCUGGUGCCAGAGUGCUGGUCGCCUCGACCACCACUACCACCUCCACAAUGGUCUUGCAGUCAGCAACCUUUGACGAAAACUCCCCGCGGCCUCCAGUGCUAGGCAGGGAACAUGAGCCCACUGGCAGCUGCAGAAUGCCGCCGCUUCCGCCUAGGAGUGGUGAUGGAGGAAUCCCACGCUAUUCACCCAGCUUCACUCCUAGGAAGUCUUCAGCCCUUAAUUCAUCUUUUCUUGAGGCCACCUUUGCAAGAUUAUCAGAAGCACCUAUGGGCUUUGAACCAGAAGGGAGCGAGCGCGCCACCCCCAGCAGCUUCAUCGAGCUGGGCACUCCGCCAUACCUGCGGUGGGCCGUGUCUCUGGCUAGUCUGCUGGAAGACCCAGACGGCGUUGCCCUGUUCAAGUCGUAUCUUGAGCAGGAGGGCAGCACUGACAUGCUAGAGUUCUGGUUUGCUUGCGAGGGCCUGAAAAACGAGGUGCGCGACGACGCGAAUGUGGCCCAGUUGGUGCGGCUCAUCCACAAGCGUUACUUCAAGGCGGCCACACCCAUCAAGGUGAAUGAAGGGUUGCGAAAAGAGGUGCACAGGAAGGUGCGGGAGGUCAGCAAGGGCGAGAUGCCGCCUGACCGGCGGCUCUUUGACGACGCUCAAAAGCAGGUUGAGAUUUUUAUCAAUGACACUGCUUACCCUGAGUUUCUUCGGUCUGAGACGUACCUGCAACAUGUCCGUUCCAUGCAGAGCCGAAUAAUGAUGGUGGGAGGGAGUGAAGAAGAGUGCAGUAGCUCUUCGAGCAGCAACGGCAAAGAACUGGCGGCUCCUGUCGGUUUGCUGCCCACCCUGCACGAAGACUCGGAACUUGAAGUCACUUCUCACCACCACCACUCGCACCACCGCCACCACCACCACCAGAGUGAGUCUGAGGGGGUUCUCCCGCUCACCAGGGACUCCCUCAAGUUCACAGAGGUUAAGCGAGCUGUCGACCUGCAGCCCAAACCUGAAGCUUACGCCAGAAUGCGCUACCAGAAAUCUACGUCUUCCUCAACCACGGCGCCCUCCACCAAAUCAUUACCCAACCCCUACCACAUGACCUCGCAGUCCACCGUUUUCUCCCGCGGGGUUCUUGCGUACUCCUCCUACAACCCUGUGUCCAGGCAGGACAGCGAACUGCAAAGUCUCAGUUCGGACGCGUACACCUCCGAUAGUGCCUCAGUCACCAACAGCUCUGUCGAUGGCAGCUACUACAGAUCUGCACGAAAGCAACAUCACCUUCACAACAAACAAAUGCGUGAGAGCGCCAGUUACAACAAAGACCCCCAGAUGCACACAACUAUCAUCCCCCGCACACAAAGAAUACCCCGAGAAAAUCUACAGCCUUUGAAACCCGAUGACUUUGCACGGAUUCUCAUUGAGAAGCUAGAGCAUGUACAAAGAGCCCAAGAGCUCCAAGAAAAGUUGGAGAGAAAGUUGAUGGAGGAUGAAUGUGGUGGAGAGGAAAUGGUGGCCAACAGUGACUUCACAAACUCUAGAUUAUUCGCAGAUUUCCGAGAAAGACUGCAAGUGUCUGAUAAGGCAACGCCUUCAACACCCCCACUUGAUAGACUGAACUUCCCAGAUGAUAAUCAAUCCAUUUUAGAUAUGCAUGUAUCUCGAGUUUGGUCUGAUUUGACGCCUUCCCGCUCCCCGGGUCUUGUUUCUCCAAGACCCCGCUCCCCUGAGAGCUGCAGGAGGAGAGGGAAUCACCCUCCAGCCUUCAACCCAGUCAUGGGAGGAAUGCAAUCUUUGCAGACCUCGGCCCACCCAGCCUCUCAAGCCUUCUCUGGCGCGACCGCGCGAUCUUUUCAAGGAAGACUUGUUCAUGGCACUGCAAGGCACGGUCGGAAGGAAAAGGACGGAGUCUCUACUCUUUCUGCUGAUUCUGGCAAUGUGCAUGACUAUGUGGAGGUUACGGAGCACAAGCACUACCUUACCAAGUCAAAGUCUGUGCCUGAUUACAACGACCCGCAAAGCGUGGAUCCCUAUGCGGCGCAAAGCCAUUCCUCACGGAUGUGCAGCAAAGAUUCCCUAUCUUGCAAAACGGGUACUACUCGUAAAACUUUGACUGACUUGAGCGACAGCGGAGUGAGUGUCGUCUCCGAAACGCCUUCUUGCCAGAUCAAGGACAGCCGUGUUUUGUCUUGGCUCAUCCAAAAUGAGACCAAGCAAGUGGUCAGCAGUGCCGGAUAUUCGCACAGCGAUUCCUCCUCAAAGCACAGGGGCAGACCAUCUGGUGCAGCAGGGACCUCGGGCUCUAACACUCAAAGACAAACGCGGAGCAGCAAAAAGCCAAUUGGUGGAAACGGUUCUCGGUCUGGCUCUCAGGAACGCGGCUUGGUCAGCAGUGUCCUUCCUCCUCUGAAUGUAGGGGCGUGGUCGAAUGCGCCAAACCAGCCCUUUGUGGCCGACCCUUCGAUGCCACCCUUGCCAAGUCCCAACACAGCAACACAGCUGGAGGAAGCGCGCAGGCGGCUGGAAGACGUCAAAGGCAAAACCGUCUCAAGGCAAAGGCAUGGAACGUCCAUAUCUGGCAAGUCGUUGGCCCCGAUGUCUCUGCCACUGUCGCCGAGCACCGACCCGUCUGGCGGCAGUGGACAUUCCACCCUGAAGAAACACCCCUCUUCCAGCUCAACUUCCACCCUGGGCAGAGCCCCCUCCGAGUACACAACUGUCAUGUUCACGUUCUGUGAUGAGGAUGUGCCAUACCGGACCAAAAUUAACAACAAACAAGUCACGCUGAAGCAUUUCAAGGAGCUGCUGCCGAAGAAGGGCAACUACAGGUAUUUCUUCAAAACAGAAUGCGAAGACGUUGACACGAAGGUGAUUCACGAGGAGGUGAUGGAGGACAAUGAAAUUGUGCCCCUGUGGGAGGGAAAAGUCAUGGCCCAAGUGAAGCCAGUGGAGUGAAUGGACUUAAGCAGAGCUUUAGAACUUUCUUUUUGACACAACCGCAUUUUGCUCCUUAAAUCUUGUGCCUUGUGAAUAUAUACUUUGAACUUUCGUAUUGAUGUGUAUAACAGCAAAAGAGAGUAGGAAUCAGAAGAACUACAACUUACUGGUGCAAUUGUUCCUGUGGACAUGUGGCUCCAUUCUGCAGAGCCGAUUUUAUAAAAAUGAUUUAAAUAACUAGCCACACAAAAGUUUUAUGGUUAAUUAGACGAGUAUGUAUGAUUGGGGAUCUUGAAAGAUUUUUUUAUAAUAGUCUCGCUACUUUGGCAGCUUCUUACUUUUCUGUCAUCCGUCAAAGACCCUUUUUUAUUAGAGUAACGCCACCUUUACUUUGCAAGAGUUGUUCUCAGGGAUCAUUAAUUUUUUAUAAUUAUAUAUUGUGUAUGAUUAAUUUCAUUUCCCCAGUGCAUUAAGUACAAUUUGAGAGGUGUCUAAUAUAAAGGAAUCGAGGAGUCAAGUGGGAAAUUCUCACUAGGGACAAAAAUUGCACAUCUUGACAAUAAUGAUUAGGAACUGUUUUCGGUUUUUUUAUUUCUCCAGCAGCUGCCAACUGCGUGAACUGCUAAUUAAUACAAAGCGAUUCUUGCCAAUUUGCCAUAUAAAAGAAUGCAAAACAUCAAAUUUUGCAGUUGUUACAUUGUUUUUUGAUAAAUUAUGCAAUUUGGGUUGUAAAAUUAAGUUGCUAUGGGCAAACAUACUUUACUCUUUCUUUACACUCUGAAUUUUCUGUUGCCGAAAAUGGUGAUGAUGAGACGAGUUAUUAUGUUGAAAUGAAGAAAAAUUCUUGCGGAGACGUAAUAUAUCUCAUACAGCCAGUGUACAGCUUGUUUCUCCUUGUCACCCAGCAUUUUAUUUAUUUAAAAAGAAAAAUAAAAGAUCUUUAAAGUAUAAA